GUUACAUUUUGGUAUCGGAGCAUUUGGUUUAAAUAAAAGAUUUUGGAAAUCAAAUCAAAAGAGUUUCAAACACAAGUCCGCAUCUCUCCACAUCUCUGUCCGGGAAGGUAAAUGAUUAGUUUAUUUAUGCCUAAUUACAUUUUCAAUUAAUUAUAGAAUGAGUCAGGAUUCGACUCACGGUCAGGCAAAUCCUCACGUGGACCCUGAGCAUGUUAGUGUGCAUACUGUGCACACCGAAGCAUCUAGUUACGUACCCCAACAACAACAGCCUCAGGCAGAACCUCAGCAAGUUUCGGAACAGUUCGCAAGUCAGAACCCGAAUAUGACCAUUCCUAUGUUCCAAUCACAAAUGGUUGUGAACAUGAUGCAAUUCUUCAAUCAGAUGGAUGGAGCAUAUGUACCUCCACCACCGCCUCCUGUGCACAUCAUCUCGAUCGAGAAACUCAAAAGAAAUGGGGCGCAGGAAUUCUAUGGUGAUCAGAUAGCAAACCCUCUGAUAGCCAAGCGUUGGCAGGAACACACGGUGAGGGUACUAGAGAACUUGAAGGUACCUCUCGAUGAUUGGGGUCAGCAUGCCAUAUCGUUAUUGCAGGAUGCCGCAUACGAUUGGUGGAAGCGUGUGGGUGCCAACAUUCCCCUGCCAGUACCAUGGGCUGCCUUCGAGCCACUCUUUAGAGCAGAGUAUGUGCCCGAUCAUUGCGUCGAGGCCAAAUAUGAAGAAUUCUCCAAAUUUAUUCAGGAGAAACUGACUCUCCCAGAGUACCGUCAACAGUUUGACGGGUUGGGCGAGUUUGGUAAAGACUUGGUCAACACCAUGGAGAAACGCUGCAAAAGGCAGGUCACUUUCGGAAGGACUGACCGACGAACCCAGGCGAGGUCUUCUCCACAGCACCAGGCAUGCCGACCGCUCCUACUGUCUGACGGACUGAACCUACCCAGAGUCAUCGUUCCACGGCUGCGUCUAACAAGCCGAAGAGGCCAGCACCAAGUUAACAGCAAGGACGAGCACCAGCUCGAGACUCUCGAGCAUCCUGUAGUUGUGUCAAAUCCACUAGGACACAGUCUACGUCUCCAACAUGUUUAUAAUCAAUGUCCGUUGAUGACUCAAGGAAAAGUAUUUUUAGCCGAUCUCAUUGAACUCCCUCACAAGGAGUUCGACGUUAUACUUGGCAUGGACUGGUUAACAAAACACCAGGCUAUUGUUGAGCGCAGAGAACAGGUGGUGAAACUUCGUGCAGAUCACGGUAACGAGGUGAUCAUUCAGGGAGAACUACUGCCGAAAGUCCCGAAAUUCAUCUCUUAUAUACAAGCAAAACGGCUCAUUCGCAGGAAAUGUGAAGCAUUCUUGUGCACUGUUAAGGAUAUGCAGAAGGGAACACCUAAUCAUAAGGACAUAUAUGUGGUUUGUGAUUUUCUCAAUGUAUUUCCUGAAGAACUUCCUGGUCUACCUCCUCCAAGGGAAGUAGAAUUUUCUAUUGAUCUUGUACGUGGAGUCCCAAUCCUUAAGCUCAAGCUCAAGCUCGGCUCCAGCUCUACAACAAUGGCGGCCUUCACUCCUUACUCUUCUUCAACUUUACUCCAUCUCGAUACUACAUCUCUCUCCUCUCGAUCCUCUCUCUCCGGCCCCGCCCUGCGCCGCUCCCUCUGCAUCUCCGCUGUUCCAACCGCCCUUCGCCGGACCAUCACCAGCCAAGUGAAAUCAGAUAAGAAGGAUUUUCUGCACAUUACCGAUUAUGAUAAGGCUACAAUUUUGAAGAUCUUAGACCGUGCACAAGAGGUUAAGGCUUUGCUUAAAUCAGGAGACAGGUCAUUUCAGCCAUUCAAAGGGAAGAGUAUGGCAAUGAUUUUUGCAAAGCCAUCCAUGAGAACACGAGUAUCUUUUGAGACUGGAUUUUUCUUGUUAGGCGGCCAUGCUAUAUACUUGGGACCUGACGACAUACAGAUGGGUAAGCGUGAGGAAACUCGAGAUGUUGCUCGUGUACUCUCUCGCUAUAAUGACAUCAUUAUGGCACGUGUGUUUGGUCAUCAGGAUAUCCUUGACCUAGCCAAGUAUGCCACUGUUCCUGUUGUCAAUGGAUUAACAGAUUACAACCACCCAUGCCAAAUCAUGGCUGAUGCACUUACCAUCAUCGAACACGUUGGUCACUUGGAAGGAACAAAGGUGGUCUAUGUUGGAGAUGGAAACAACAUUGUGCAUUCUUGGUUGCUGUUGGCAGCUGUUAUUCCUUUCCAUUUUGUCUGUGCAUGCCCCAAGGGUUUUGAGCCAGAUCAGAAAACAGUUGAAAAGGCACAACGGGCUGGUAUCAGCAAAAUAGAGAUCACAAACAAUCCAAAAGAAGCUGUGGUUGGGGCCAAUGUCGUAUACUCUGAUGUUUGGGCCAGUAUGGGACAGAAGGAAGAAGCUGAAUAUCGCAGAAAAGUUUUCCAAGGGUUUCAGAUUGACGAGGAGCUCAUGACAUUAGCUGGACCAAAGGCCUACUUCAUGCACUGUUUACCAGCCGAGAGAGGUGUCGAAGUGACUGAUGGAGUGAUCGAAGCCCCCAAUUCAAUCGUUUUCCCGCAAGCAGAGAAUCGCAUGCAUGCUCAAAAUGCUAUCAUGCUACAUGUGCUUAACGCGUAAAUGUUGACGCCUUCCAUGUCACUUUGAUCUUUAAUUCUUUUCCUCCAAUAUAAAUCUGAUCACCUGUGGAUUCUCAGGUGGUAAUUGUUUUCCUUCAGUUCAAAUCUGUUCUGUCUGAGCCUUUAUAUAAUGCAGCAGUGAAAAACUGGAUUUGUAGAUUCAACAUUUUGCAGCAGUAUUUAUUAUGACCGUUUAAUGGUGUGAGAAUCCAGUUGAGAUCAUUAAUGGAGGAUCUGGAAAUAGUCCCCAGUUAUAUGUCAUUUUAUUUUUUUAGUCCAUACAUAUCAAAUAUCAAUAAUUUAGUCCCCAAUUA